AUGUCUAGACAGCAACCUGCACUUGGUGCUCGAGCUAUAUUCACUCCUCCAUUUGUCAAUGAAGUAGCCCACGUAACGCCCUCAACUUGCUUCCAGCUCUCAUUAUUCAAAGACCUGAUGCGCGAUCUACGCAAAGCCGACGACUCAAUCACAAUGCGAAUGAAUCGGAAUACGGCUCAGUUUCGUGAUUUAGCACGAGAGAAAGGGGUCAACGCGCUGAGCGAACAGGAGGCGUGUUUGUACUUCUGGAGGGAGCUGAUGGCCAAGUGGAAGGGAAGGGCAGACAUCAUCGAUUACUGCGUGCAAGUGGUGGAUGCGGCCGCGGAGGAAAAGCGGCAGAGGCUGCAGGGAAAGUCAAUGUUGGGUGAGCUGCACGAGGAUUUGGAGAGGCGAACACGAGGGGAGCUGUACGCAGAUGAGGUACAAAAACGAAUGAUUCACAAUGAGCGUCAAGUUGAGACGAUCGUUCGAGAACGAUCUAUGGCGGUGUUCAAGGCACGAUGUCGCUUCUUUGAGCCGCCAGCUUCGGAUAAAGAAGGUCGAUUAUGGUGGGAUGCUGCGCAGUCGGGUCGAUAGUCUGACUUUACACCUUGGUCAUGACAGCCCUGAAAUUACGUUGCAUUUCGAAUGGCUCGGCAUUUCGGACCAUUUCAUUAUCACCCCGAGCGUUUUCGCAAGCAAUGAGUGAUUAUUAGUGAUUACUGGUAUCGAACGCACUAGGAGAGUGUAUUAUAGUUAGGUAAACAGAAAGAGUCCAGACUCGUUCGGUCCGUACCAGCGAGAAUUAAGCAAAAUAAGGUUAGAGCGACGUGCGUGUGUACAAGGGCAGAAGGUUCUGGAUUAUUCCUUGCUCCCCUUUCUCUUCUUAUUUUCAUGCUGUACCUGGAUAUGGCGCUGCAGGACGUCCUUCCUGGACAUGACUUUAGAGCACCCGGGCCAAGGGCAAGGGAAUCCGCCCUUCCGCUUCACGUGGAUCGUCUCAACGUGCCGGCGUAGGUCGCACCCGCGGUUGAACCGCUUGCCACAAGGCUUGCAGACCUCCGGCCGAGAGGCAUUGUUGUGGGAGGUGAUCCAGCGGCUAACGUCAGCUUGGUACUCCUCGUCCUCAAUAUCUGAUUGAUCCACGAAAUCGGGCCAGGAGGGAGGGGAGUGUAUUACCGGCGUGGCGGUGGGAAGUUGAGGCUGGUACACUUGCCCAGGCAUGGAUGGGCCAAUCCCGUAUGCAGGAACAGGUAUGACGUCG